AAAAGAAAAGGAAGAAGAGGAAUGUAUUUGUUACCUGCUACUUUUUAUUAAAGGAGAUUCUAUUUUCAGUAACAUUCAUUUUUUUAUUGUUGAAUUUAUCUGUGGCUGAUUGGAUGGUAUUUAAUAUCUCAAGGCUAAGUACAUGUGAGCGUUUCUACUCAUUUCCUUAAAAUAAAUUAGUAAUGACUUCAGAUUUUCAGAGUGAAGUUUUGAACUAUGCUUAUUGGAUUAUAUAUGAAAUGAAAUUGGAUAAAAAAUGAAGAGGUACUAAUCAUUUUUCUUAACCUAAAUUAUGCAUGAAAGUUGAAUGUUAUUCGCUAGUGAGGAAUGAACAGUUUUAUACUAGUGAUAAGGUAGAGCAUGUGUUAGUUGAUCGGGUAAUGCACUUUAUGAACGUAGAUUUGCAAGAUGUGAAGAAUUUUGAAGUGCGGUUGCCGGUGCGAGCUCCUCUCUUAGGAUCUUCCUUGCAGAUCUUCAAGUUCCAGUGCUGUCCAUUUUAUAAGCAUGAUUGUAGUCUUUAUUGAAGAACUCAAUGUGCUUUAUAAGUUUUUUUUUUUGUUUUCCUCAUAAAUCAGAUCUGGAUUCUUAGCCUUUUUAAUUUUGCUUCAAGCUCCUUCAUUGCUACAAGAUCUAACUCUUUGAAGAAAGGAACUUUAAAAAUCAUUUUUUCCUUUAUAAUGUUUGUAGUGUUACUACCAGGUCAAUAGAGCUAAGUCCUUUAA